AACACACUAUCAAUUUCACAAAUGUAAGUUACGUUGGCCGAUAGCUAUUGAGAAAUGAUUAUAAAAGUAGUGAUUUUUGUGUUAAUAAAAAUAGUUUUAAUAUGUGGUCACGUAGAGAAGUUUGUAAUUGAAAAUGAAAAAACUGGAAUGGUUUGGCAAGUAGCACGCGGUAUCUAUACAAUGGAGAAGUGGCAAAAUAGAGACGAACAAUUGUGGACGAUAACACCACGAAACAAAUCUGGAUACUCCAUUACCAACGUUGCAACUGGUGAAAAUGUAGGCUGUCCACUAAAUGGUAAAACUUACGACAUAUGGAAGUUUAAUACCCACAGCGUUACUCGGAUUGAAAUCGAGCACCCUAGAAUAUUUGAGGCACAAGUCGGUGACCAAUAUUUGUGUUUCUCCGAUAAUUCAAGUAAUAAAAAUGACAAAUGGUUGUUUAUCGAACACUCUAAGAAACUAAAUAUGAGAUACAUAAUAGAAAAUGAAAAAACCGGAAUGGUAUGGCAAGUAGUACGCGGUAUCUAUACACUGGAGAAGUGGCAAAAUAGAGACGAACAAUUGUGGACGAUAACACCACGAAACAAAUCUGGAUACUCCAUUACCAACGUUGCAACUGGUGAAAAUGUAGGCUGUCCACUAAAUGGUAAAACUUACGACAUAUGGAAGUUUAAUACCCACAGCGUUACUCGGAUUGAAAUCGAGCACCCUAGAAUAUUUGAGGCACAAGUCGGUGACCAAUAUUUGUGUUUCUCCGAUAAUUCAAGUAAUAAAAAUGACAAAUGGUUGUUUAUCGAGCACUCUAAGAAACUAAAUAUGAGAUACAUAAUAGAAAAUGAAAAAACCGGAAUGGUAUGGCAAGUAGUACGCGGUAUAUAUACACUGGAGAAGUGGCAAAAUAGAGACGAACAAUUGUGGACGAUAACACCACGAAACAAAUCUGGAUACUCCAUUACCAACGUUGCAACUGGUGAAAAUAUAGGCUGUCCACUAAAUGGUAAAAUUUACGACAUAUGGAAGUUUAAUACCCACAGUGCUACUCGGAUUGAAAUUGAGAACCCUAGAAUCUUUGAGGCACAAGUCGGUAACAAAUAUUUGUGUUUCUUCGAAAAUUCAAAUAAUAAAAAUGACAAAUGGUUGUUUAUCGAACAGUCUAAGAAACUAAAUAUGAGAUACAUAAUACAAAAUGAGAAAACCGGAAUGGUAUGGCAAGUAGUACGCGGUAUCUAUACACUGGAGAAGUGGCAAAAUAGAGACGAACAAUUGUGGACGAUAACGCCGCGAGACAAAUUUGGAUACUUCAUUACCAACGUUGCAAGUGGUGAAAAUAUAGGCUGUCCGCUAAAUGGUAAAAUUUACGACAUAUGGAAAUUUAAUACCCGCCGUGCUACUCGGAUUGAAAUCGAGAACCCUAGAAUAUUUGAGGCACAAGUCGGUAACAAAUAUUUGUGUUUCUCCGAUAAUUCAAGUAAUGAAAAUGACAAAUGGUUGUUUAUCGAACAUAUGGGACAUAUAGCAAAUAUACCAGUAGAUAAGAAUAAUCAAGCAGGAGAGAUCUUGGAGGAAGCAGAAACAGUUAUUAACGGCGGAAACGGCAACAAUAAAGACUCGAAUUUGUGGAUUUUAAAGCCACAAAAUAAAUCUGAAGAUUUUAUUGGCAACGUUGGAAGUGGGUAAGUACUCGUAAGAUACGAGGUCUGUUAUGUUAUAUUGUAAUAAAGGCCUUUUCUAAUUCA